UAUUUUCAGAUGGAAAAAGAUGGCCAUGGAUUAUAAUAAAGCAGAGAUGAAUCUGUGAUGAGCUGUCGUGGUUUUGGUGAUUCAAAUCUCUAUAUAGAAAUAUCAAUUACAAGAAAAACACAACUCCUCAUUAAUACUCAUUACCACACAACACAAACAUGGCCUACAAAUCUCUCCUUUUCCUCUCCAUUCUCCUCUCCUUCUCUGCCAUAGCUUUCUCCGAUGAUGCAGAUUGUGUGUACACGGUGUACAUCAGAACAGGGUCGACCUUGAAAGCAGGGACGGACUCGGUGAUUGCCGCCACGCUCUACUCGGCGGAUGGGGACGAAGUCCGGAUUAAGGAUCUGGAGAAAUGGGGCGGGUUGAUGGGACCCGACUACAACUACUUCGAGAGGGGCAAUCUCGACAUUUUCAGCGGAAGAGGUCCAUGCCUGAGCGGACCGGUGUGUUCGUUAAACCUGACCUCCGAUGGAUCGGGUCCGCACCAUGGGUGGUACUGCAACUAUGUGGAGGUUACCAAAACGGGUGUCCACAUGCCGUGCGAGCAAACCCUGUUCACGGUGGAGCAGUGGUUGGCCUUAGAUGUGUCGCCUUAUGAGCUGACCGCCAUCCGGAAUGAGUGUCUGAGUGGGAGUGGAAUCCGCGGUGAUUUGAAAUUGCAGUAGGUGGUGUGGGUUAUGAUUGAUGUAAUAGAAUUGUUGUAGAAUAAGGGCUUGAUCGAGAUGAUUAAGCAGGAUUUUGGGGAAUAAAACCAAAUGGAUGUGGUUUUUGUGUGGAGUUGUGUUAUUGGUAUGUUGGGGAAGAAGUAAUAGUUUAAUGGAGAGUAAUGUAUUCUUUUUGCUUUAUUUUUUAUCCGAUCUUUUGUCUGAUGAACAAUAAUUGGUUUA